AUGGUCGAGUGGAAGCAAGCCGAGCGGAGGAGAGACAGGGAGGUGACCCGAUCUGCUGCUGUUCACCACCACCGAGUUCAUCUUAAUCCUAAACAAUAUAUGAUUUAUCUCCAAUACUUCCCCUCAAGGUUGAGCGUGAAGAUUUUGAACGCCCAACUUGGACAACAAAUACUCAAAUGGCUCACGGCCAAGCGCCUUAGUAAGAAUAUCUACGAGUUGUUCUUCGGAACGAACAUGAUCGGUGACAAUGACUCCCUCCUGAACCGCAUCCCGAACAGCAUGACAAUCCUUCUUGAUAUGUUUGGUGCGUUCGUGGAAGACAAGGUUCGAGGCAAUGUGAAUAGCUGCUUUGUUGUCACAGAACAAGCGAGUUGGUUGAGACUGAUCAAAUUCCUAGAUCAGCAAGAACACGUCGGAAGAUAUCUCCAAUACUGGUGUUGUUUCUUCACUGGAAAAGUGUCUUUAAGUAACCCCUUGUUGUCUUGA